CACAAUCUUCUCAUCAAAACAAAACUACCCAAAAAAAAUGACACUUCUUUUGAAAAACACCUUAUAUUUAGCCUUAAUCAUCUCAGUAAUCUCAUCAUUCCCAACUUCAUUGUUUGCACAAAACUGUGGGUGUGCCCCUAACCUAUGCUGCAGCAAUUUUGGGUUCUGUGGCACUGGAACACCUUAUUGUGGUGUUGGUAACUGUCAAUCUGGCCCAUGUGAGGGUGGCACUCCAACUACGCCGACUACUCCAACUACUCCUACUACGCCAGGAACUGGUGGUGGUGGCUCAUCAGUGUCUGACAUAGUGAGUCAAGCAUUUUUUGAUGGGAUUAUAGGCCAAGCUGCUGCAUCUUGUCCUGGGAAAAACUUCUACACUCGUGCUGCUUUUCUUAGUGCUGUUGAUCCUAAGUUUGGAAACGAAGGUUCCAGCGAUGAUAACAAGAGAGAAAUCGCUGCCUUCUUUGCUCAUAUCUCGCAUGAGACUACCAAUUUGUGCCACAUAGAAGAGAGAGAUGGAGAUGUUGGUGACGCCUACUGCGAUCAAGACAAGGCAGCUCAAUACCCUUGCGCUGCAGGCAAGAAGUACUACGGGAGAGGACCUCUUCAACUGUCAUGGAACUACAACUAUGCUCUUGCAGGACAGGCGAUUGGAUUUGAUGGUCUUGGAAACCCUGAAAAGGUGGCUACUGAUGUUAAUACAUCUUUCAAGGCUGCAAUGUGGUUUUGGAUGACUAAUGUUCACUCCGUUAUGAACCAAGGUUUUGGAGCUACCACCAAAGCUAUUAAUGGCGCGCUUGAAUGCAAUGGCCAAAACCAGGAUCAAGCCAAUGACCGUAUUCAGUUUUAUAAGAAGUAUUGUGCUGAUUUUGGUGUUGCUCCUGGUGAUAAUCUUACAUGUUAAUUUCGACAAGUUACAAGUAUAUCUCAAUAUAGUACUUCUAUAUGAUAUAUACAUUCAUGUUUAUUAGUUGCACUGAGGUAUAAUUUACUGAAUAAAACACAGAUACUAUGUAGUACUAGAAUGUUGUUCUUUCUUGAUCUUGCUAUGAACAAUGAAUAUAUAAUAAAAGGAAUUACAUGAGCAUUUC